CCAUUGAUUUCUCUGAUGAUGUCUGUCCUCCAUCCUCAUCGACUAGCCCCGCAAUGGUCUCGGCCCGUAGAUAGAAGGCACGAAUCAGUAGAGCCCCGUGUCACCCCUGUCGACUGGAACUCAACAGCAUGAUAUAAACUUCUUCGACAGCCCUUCAACAUUGCCUCUGUCUACCCACCUCUCUCUACGAACCACCAACAAAAGCAGAAUGAGCACAGAAUCGACUCCCGGAACUUUGUCUGCCCAGCAGACCCUCAAGCAGAUGCCCGAGGAGAAGCAACGAGCGAUUAAUAACAUCAUUGACGGCAUUUUCCAAAAACUGCAUCACGACGACCUAAAACAACUGGGCAAGCAGAUACCCGCACAAUCACAGGCCGCAUCACAAGAGACAAAAGAAAUUCCCGAUCAUGGCGAUGCUGUUCAGGAGACAGCAGCACAGACGACACCCGAAGAGAGGCGGACUGGCAAGGCCCGACGCUUCCUGGGCGACACCCUGGUUGGUCGCUUUGCACGCGCCUCUCACAAGACGGCCUCUUCGACAGUAAAGAUGGCCGGUGCGCUGUCCCCUUGGGGUGACAACAACCCGGUCACGUUGCCCAAUGUGCGGUACCGCGACGCGGUGCUCUUCGUCACAUUUGCUGGUGUUGGUUCGCACUUGGUCAACGGCGCCGACCACGUCGUGGGCGACAUGUUCGGUGCAGACAGCUUCGCUGCAGAGGUAGUUUCCUCGAGCGCGGCUGCAAUGGCUGGCAGCGUCGUGAUCAAAGAGGGUGUUUUUCAGAUGGCCGAGCAAGUAGUCGACAAGGGCGUGUUUGAGCGCAUUUUGCCAGAGGAAGAAAAGAUGUUGCAAACGACGAAUGUCAAGAGCUUGCAGGUGGGCGUCAAGCACAAGCUGAUGGGCAUCGAUGCGGAUCUGAAGUUUGCCGGCGAAUGUCCCACGAGGGACUGGAAGGCGUGCGAUAAGGGCUGGUUCUGCCCGUACUUGUUUGCCAGUGCCAGGACACCGCUCGUACCGCGGAGUACCGACUUUUCCAUGGCUCAGUUUUACGGACCCUUCCUUGGUGGCGAUUGCGCACUCGCGCAAAAGCUGCUCUCCGAGAGCGCCAAUGUGCUGUCCCUGUGCGACCCCAACCCAACAAACAACAUCGGCACCAAUCGCAUGAUCGUCCUCUUCACAGCCAUCUCGCCCUACCGCGCAAAUAUGUGGUCGACGUCGCGGCGCCCCGGCUGCGGCACGAUCAUCUUCCACCUCUUCGAUGGAUGCCCCGCGGUGGUGCUGCCCGUCAGCUCAGAAGCACCCAUCUGCGCGUGGAGCCCUUGGACGCUGGAGCAGAUGCGGGCAGGCGAGGCGGAGGGUUACAGCGUGGAGAAGCAGCACUCUCAAGUAUGCGAGUGGCUGGAAGGGCUCGUGUCGGCCGAGCACGUCUACGAGCAGGUGCGGGAGAAACGUGCGGGCGUGCUGGGCCGCGCGAUGAGUCUGGUGAUCAAUGGCGCUCUGGCGCUCGACAAGUGUCCCGAGAAGCUGGAGCUAGGUAAGGUGGAUCCAGCGCGGGCGGGCGUCGUGAUGUUCAGGUACUGACGUGCUGUCGGGAUCGGCAUCGGCGGAGAUCGGCGUUUGGGCGAUGGAAAUCCUGGGCUUGUCACGAGCUGCUGAGGGGUUACUUAGGUACGAAUAG